ACCAUCGGCAGUCAAGCCUACGGUGUCGCCAAGAAGGCCAAGGUCGUCGCCGUUAAGGUCCUCAGGUCCAAUGGCUCCGGUACCAUGUCCGAUGUCGUCGCCGGUGUCGACUUUGCUGUCCAGGAGCACCUGAGACUCAAGGUCCAGCAGAAGGGCAAGUACAAGGGCUCGGUCGCCAACAUGUCCCUCGGCGGUGGCAAAUCCCGCCCACUUGACUCUGCGGUCACGAACGCGGUCAACCAGGGCUUGCACUUUGCAGUUGCUGCCGGAAACGAUAACAGGGAUGCGUGCAGCUACUCACCUGCGGGUGUCGAAGUUGCGGUCACCGUCGGUGCCUCCACUGUUAAGGACGAGAGGGCAUAUUUCUCGAACUAUGGUUCCUGCGUUGAUAUCUUUGGACCUGGUUUGAACAUCGAGUCAACCUGGAUUGGAGGGCCUAAUGCCAAGAGGACGAUCUCGGGAACCUCGAUGGCCUCACCCCACGUUGCUGGAUUAAUUGCGUAUUACCUUUCGUUGGCGCCGGAGAACAGCUCGGCGUUCUCCUCGGGACCGAUCUCUCCAAAGGAGAUGAAGGCGUUGUUGAAGGAGACUGCGACCAGGGACGUGCUGACAGAUGUGGAUUCGAGGACGCCUAACCUGUUGAUCUACAACGGUGGAAAGAAGGACAACUACUAUGCCUGGUAAAUGGCUGAUGGACCUUGGUCCCCCCUCCCUCCCUCUCCAAUCAAGAUGAAAAGCGGUGAAAGAGAACAUGAUUCUUUUUGUACAUAUAUAUAUUAUCCCUAUUAUCUGUUUAUUACUACCAAUAUAUCUACCUAUAUAAGAGCGUCCCUGCAAUGUGCAGUAAACGAAAUAAACCAGCGCCUCGAGCAAAAGAUUUUUUUUU